AUGUUUUCCUUCGACCUGAAAAGUGGGUACCACCACGUUGAAAUUUUUGAGGGCCAGCAAACAUAUGUUGCUUUUUCCUAGAAGCAUUCCAAUUCCAAUCAAGUGAAGUUCUAUGUGUUUACAAUUUUACAUAUGGAAUUAUCGUCCGCCCCUUACGAGUUCCCAAAAAUUCUAAAGCCUCUUGAGAAACAGUGGAGGCAUCAGGGUAUUUCCGUGGCUGUUUAUCUUGACGACGGAUGGGGAACUGAAAAGGAUUCUCAAGUGUGCAGUAUUGUCGCAGAUGCCGUCAGAACUGACCUUUCUAAGGCGGGUUUCGUUACUAACGAGGAUAAGUCAGUGUGGAUACCUUGCCAGAGGCUUGAUCAGCUGAGUAUCACUUGGGAUAGCGCUCGUGGAACCAUUGAAAUUGUCGAUAGGAGGGUUGCAAAAAUAACUAGUACCAUUGACAAUAUUAUCGAUUCCGAUUUUGUUCUUUCUGCCAGAAGAUUGGCCUCUUUUACAGGGUGGAUAAUUUCUACAGCGCCUGUUUCCGGAAAUAUCUCUAGGAUCAUGACUAGGCACUGA